CAAUAACAGAACCAGAAACAGAAAUAAUUCGUAAGCUGGUAGUUGAUCUGCCAUGGCUUCUUCAAUACCAAGCUGUUCUUUAUACUCUUACUCUUCCUCACCAUCAUCAUCUUCACUUAACAAAACCACAGUAUCCGCCGCUCAUUUUGCCUUAUCUUCUUCACAUCCAAUCUUUAAUGGUGUAAGCAUUAGUUCUAGCUCAAGAAUUUAUGCCAAGUUUGAUAAAUUUCAAGGUGAGGACAGUGGAGUUGAAGAGGGUGUUGCCCAGUUACAAGAACAGCAACUUGAAGAAGAAGAAGAUGACAGCUGCUUGCCUUCUAACUUGGAGGGUGCAGUGCAGCAAUCAAGCGAAGCUAGUGCUACGUUCGUAUCUUCCGGAGGAAUGAGAGCCAUAGUCGAGCUCUUAAUUCCUCAGCUGCAAUUUUUAGAUGAUGAAGGUGCACAAGCUGAGCUAUGGGGACUUUCAAGGAUUUUCUUGGAUACACUUAUUGCAGAAACAGGAUGUCAGAAAGUUAAAGCCAUAUUUCCAGAUGCUGGCUCUGCUGCAUUGCUAAAAUAUCAGUGGAAAGAUGCAGCUUUUGGUUUUGCAAGCUUAAGUGACCGAAAGCCUGUUGAUAAUGAAGAUGAGAUUGUGGUUAUGGUUGUCCCUGAUUAUCAAAUGUUGCGAUUUGUAGAGAAAAUUACAUCCACUCUCUCUGAUGAUCCGCCAAGACCUCUCAUUAUGUGGAACCCGCGUCUCAUCAGCGAGGAUGUUGGAGUUGGGAUUAAUGUACGCAAUCUAAGGCGAUACUUUCUGAGCACUUUCACCACAGUUUACUCAAUGAGACCUCUACCAUCAGGUGCUAUAUUCCGAUGCUACCCAGGGAUGUGGAAGGUCUUUUAUGAUGACAAAAAUAGACCAAACCGAUACCUGCUUGCCAAGGAAUUCAUCAGGCGUCCCGACGCUGAAGAAGUUGAGAUAAUAUUUGGAAGCGCAGAAGAGGAUUCCGAGCAGGGUCCAUCCUUAUUCAACCAAGCAGCAACCAUCUUCUCCUCACUAAAUAGAUUCAUGAAAGCAAUUUCGAAAUAGGUUUGAUAUCAAUGUAAUACCCAAAUUUCAGAAUCCAGAUAUUGUUCAUAUUUCAUAUAGUUGAUCAUAUUCAUAUCA